UUCAGCGUGUCUUCUUUUUCGCCGCUACACUUGUCUGUGUGUGUGUGUGUGUGUGUGUGUGUGUCAUUGAACAAACAGCGGUUGUGCUAAAAGGAUGCGACCGAUGCUCGGUGCAGCUGCGCGCUAGCAUGUUGGUUUUCCAGGAAGUGAAGAGAUUAUCAUCCAGAGGAGUAGGCCUGGAUGAGAUAUUGUCGUGUAUCUGCCACUAACCACGGUGACAGGUUGUCACGUAACACGUCAGCUGAGCUUUGGACCGUAUACUGGCCAAGAAUCAUGUUUGCAUCCCGUGUUUCGCUUGUUUUUAAGCUAAUAAGGCGGCCUAGCUCUCGUUUCCAUAGUAACCUUGCCUCCGUCGAUGUCAUGAAGCACCAUUAUCGUUUAUAGAUUAAUAUAUGAUUAAUAUUAACAUCCAGUUUGGCCGGUUGUGUGAUGUUGACGUGGGUGAUCAUGUAGUUCCUCAAAAAUGUUUUAGGAUUUUCCCACUGAAACCUGCGAGGCCACAGUGGGUCAUACCACACACCACAGUGGGUCACACCACAUUGGGUCAGACCACAGUGGGUCAGCUGUGGGGCCUUUAAGUAUCUAAGCUGCUCCUUCGCUUCGGGUAUUGUUUUUUGUUUUGAAAGAAAAUGACAUUGAUUUAAAUCUUAAAUCUAGACAAUGUAAAUGUGAAAAUCCCUCUGCAGUGUUGGUAUAAUAAUAAAAUCUCAUAUUAUAAGAAAACGUUCCAACAUUAUCAAUUCAUGAUCAUACACAUUUGUUGGUUAUCACACCGGUGUUUGAGUGAAAUGUGAGAAAAGUCAUUAUCAUGAGUGGAUGAUAUUGAAACAAUCACAAAUUUGAAUGGCAAUACACUCUAUCUGAUGGGUUGAUGGUUGGUCAGGACUGCAGGACAGCAGGCCAUUCCAUCCUUUGCAUCCAAAUUCUGGAGUUAGUCUCUGAUAAACCCCGCUUUGUGGGGACGAGCAUUGUCCUCUUGGUCCCACACUGUGGAGAUAUGGGAUUGCCACUGGUUGCAGAAUCUCAUCUUUAUAUCUCUCUGCAUUGAGAUUGCCUCCAAUGAUGACAAGCCUUAUUUUUCCAGUGAGGGAGAUGCCACACUAGAGUCAAUAGCAUAAUAAGCUGUUUGGUAUUGGCAGAGAAGAUUUGCCAAGUUUGUCAUGGGCGCAAACCACAUACUCAACUAUGCUGCUCAACCCACAAUGCAUUUUCCUUAUAAAUGUGGCACCAUUUAAAAGGGAAAUAAACAGGCUUUCCAAUGGUAUAAGAUUUAUUGCCAAGAAGCAUUGUUACAAUGAAUAAAUAAUCAACCAAACAUAUAUUUCCUUGCUUAAUUUAUAUGCUAAGCUUAUAUGUAAUUAUUUGCUUAUUUACGCUUCAAACAUACAGUAUUUUGCAACAUCAGCUAGUCUCUUAUUAUAGUUCUGUAUAGGUCUCCACCAUGUCCCUAAGGAAAUAUUUAGCUGUUUGGAUCAUUAGCUGCUAAAUGCCGCUAAAUGAUCAGCCUGCUGCUGCCUCAUUUGUGGACUGUAAAGCCAAACUAAAUCACACAGAAAUAUCCCAAAAAAGCUCUGUAAAACUGCUGGAGACCAGUGGUCAGGUCAGGCCAGUUUGCAUGAAUACCUAAAUCUCACUCUAGCCUAUGGUGCAGAAUUAAAUCUGUCCUGUGUCCUUUUUAAAUAGAAAUGAAUAUCCCUUACAUUCAAACCAUUGCUAAAUGAGCUAACACAAUGUUGAUCAUUUUUUUUCUGUCUCUCUCAGAAAAGCUGUGUUCUGUUGUGGUGCCACUCUGCGACAUUGCUGUGUUUCACAGAGGAAGUGAUUUGUUGUACAUAAUGACCGACCUAGGGCGUAGCAAUUAUUAAUCAAAUCAAAUUUCAAAUCAAAAUUGCAAACAAUGCAAUUAGCAAAUUGGAAAGGCUGCAGUUUGAUUUUUCUUUUCUUCAUUGUUCAAUUUUCUAUGGAAAUGGAAAUGCAACAAUUGAUAUCUGUUACAUGUUGAUCCAUAUCAGAUCGCAAUGACAAUAUCUGUCAGAAAAAAUUACAAUGUUUUUUUUUUUUUCCCAAAUUGUUCACUCCUGAAACUGAAGGAGUGAAAACAAGUCAGUUUAACUGAAACAAGUCAAACAAGAUGGCUGAAACCAGUUGAAUAUGGCUGAAAUUGUGAAGAAGCACCCACGGGAGGUUUUAGAAGUGGAUUCUAAUGCUAAAUCACAUAGUUAUUCAGCAGUUUGAAGGGAUAAACACUUCUAACAACUGGGUAGUGAUAGCGAAGGGGUAGGGCUGAACAGUUAAUUGAAAUUUUAUCGAAAAUGUUCAAAUCGCAGGAGGCACAAUAUUUGUUAAAGCCAAUAUUUUAGAUUAACUAUUGCCUUGAUCUCUACACAUCUUAUUCUACAGACUGAAGAGAGCAUCUUUUUUUCUCACAGAUCUGCACAAAUAGCACACAGUAAUCAUUUCAAAUAUGUUUUUUGAUUGAAAAUGAGAAUAAAGAUGUAAAAAUGACCAUUCCCUCUGGUAUCGUGAAUCAUAUUGCAUUUGUAAUUCUUGUCAAAAUAAUCACAAUUAGAUAUUUAUUCAAAAUCAUUCAGCCCUACAAAGGGGAGGGGGAGGUGUGGGAUCACCUAGGCCAGGGGUCACCAACGUGGCUCACUUCACUUCACCUCACUUGCAUGUAUCCAUAUGAUCACUGAGUAAAAUAUCAUUGAAAUCAUUUAAAAAAACUGUGAUAAUCGUUAGGAGUAAGAACUGGAAUUAAUGUGUAUGCAAUUGAAUGCAUAAUAUUCGUCAUUUAAAUGGUACAUUGCAUAAAAUGUUAAUAUGGUAGGUCCUCCAUAUUAUUCUCUACCCUUCAGGUAGCUCUCGGUCUCAAAAAGUAGAGUAGAGUGUUUUGGUAAUAGACGUUACGCACUGGAGCUGUUGUCAGAUUUGUUGGCUUUGUGACUAACUUUUGAUUAACUUCCUGUUCAUUGCUGCUGUCUGUAAGGAUUCAUCUCCUCCUCCUCCUCUCCACAUCACCUUGUGAAGACAUUGAUAUUCUCUAACUGGUUGUGUUCUUACUCUUGACUGGAUAAAGUUUUGUGGGAUACUCAGAUUUACCUGCUGACCACUGAGAGACCCAUGUCUCUGACCAGACACUCUGGAUCUGUGAUAGCUGUUGACUUAUGGAGCAAUCUAUCACUCAUUUCAAUAAAAAGAUUCUUUAAAGAAUUGUAUAAAUGUUCUCCCCAUAGCUACCAAACUUUUUUGUCAGCUGUAAUCAAGACACGACCAAAGAUCUUUCUUCAAGAUUAAAACUUAAGCAAAGAAAGUUUAUAGCCUUCAACACAUACUCACAGUUACAAUUAAUCUGCCCAGUGAUCACAUCUUGCCCAUGAGGAACAUGUCCUUUUUCCAAAUGGGAACGUAAUUACGGUCUUUGCCACCUAUACACCCACAUAAUAGCACUUAGACCCUGUAAUUUUCUUUUCACUCUUCCUCAAGUCUCCAUCUGCAUAUGUUAAGUGUAGCAAUUACAUGGGGAAAUUGCUUCUAACUACAUAGGUUUUAUGGGAUGGACAGUUUCUUUUCUUGGUAGGAGCAUACAAAGCAACAAGGGUGAUACAGCGGUAUUGUUCAAUCUGCAUCGUCAUGAUCACUUUUCAUUUUUAAAAGGUGAACAAUUUUGGUCAAGUGAAAAAGUGAAAAAAGUUUUUGCUUUUAAGAAUAUCUUUAAAUGACACCUGGAAACAGAAGAGUGCAAGUCACUUUGCCCCUUGAAUUUAUUCUAUUUGAUAUCACAAGACAAAAUAAUGUAGUAAACACAUUAAGGGUGUCUGUUGUCAACAAGGACUAUUCUUGCAGAUGUCUUUUCUACACGUUCAUUGAGUUUCACUAUGUGGUAUUGAGCACAUUUCAUCAAUGCUGAUGCAAAUCAGAUUACCAACGUCUUUCAUACUUGCGUUGGUGUUUGUGCUAAUGUUAUUAAAAUGAGCAGCGGCAUCUUUAGAUUUAUUAUUCAUAGUCAUUUUUCUAUCUUGCUAAAAAAGUGCUAUACCCCAUGUUCCUGUCCAGCCAUGCAGGUAGUCAUAGCUGUGGCUACCGCUGUUCCAAUUUAAUGGAGAUAAAUUAAAUUUAGCUUGUGGUGUUUACUGAGAAAUGACAUUUGAAUAUUCUAACAGAAAUAUUUAUUAUUUAUUUAAUGUCCUGGGUAAGAAAUCUUACUUAAGCAGUUUUCAUUUAAAAAUCUCAUUGAUGGUCUGAUAUACUGUAUUUGUGAAAAGUCAACAUUAUAAGGGUAUUUUUUUUUCGGGAAGAAAGCUUUUUUCAAAUAAACUGAGUAUGUCUUUGUAUUAUUAAAGCUAAGUUGGGUAGACCGUAUCUAUUGCAUAGAUAUUGUAUACUGUGUUCUGACGCUGUCCUUCGCAGCACUUGUGAAUAUCGCUCACCUUUUGUUAUUGUUCUUAUGACUGCUACCAUUCACUGACCGCUGCCGCAGGACUUCCAGGCCUUUAGGAAAUUCUCCUUUUUGCAUCUCUCUCUGGUUGGUCUCUCCACCCCUCUGUGACCUGGGGAUGAACGCACCAAUGAGGAGUCUCACAGGUAUGCCUGAUCGCAUGUUAUGUGCAGUGCUGGAGCAAUUUCAGCUUUACUUUUCCCUUUGAUUCAUUCUCUGUAUAGCACGGCAAGCCCCAGCAUGCUAAAGAGGAAACAGAGCUCCCGGGUCGAGGCCCAACCCAUGACCGACUUUGGGCCGGAUGAGACCCUGGCAGACAGUGCCGAUAUCUUCUGGAUCAACAAACCAUGGGUGCACUCUCUGCUGCGAGCCUGUGCCAUCAUCAGUGUCAUAUCUGUGUGCAUGAACACCCCCAAGACAUUCGAGCAUUACCCCCCACUGCAGUAUGUGACAUUCACCCUGGACACACUGCUCAUGUUCCUCUACACAGCCGAGAUGAUCGCCAAGAUGCACAUCAGAGGAAUCAUCAAGGGGGAUAACUCGUAUGUGAAAGAUCGCUGGUGUAUGUUUGAUGGAUUCAUGGUAUUUUUUAUCUGGGUGUCCCUGGUGCUGCAGGUGUUUGAAAUAGCAGAGCUUGUAGAUCAGAUGUCUCCAUGGGGUAUGUUGAGAAUCCCCCGGGCGCUGAUUAUGAUCCGGGCCUUCAGGAUCUACUUCCGCUUCGAACUUCCUCGCUCCCGCAUCACCAACAUUCUCAAGCGAUCUGGGGAACAGAUCUGGAGUGUAUCCAUCUUCCUGCUGUUUUUUCUUCUGCUCUAUGGAAUUUUGGGUGUUCAGAUGUUUGGAACGUUCAACCAUCACUGUGUUACUAAUGAUACACAGAAAAAUAAUGUGUCAUGGAACAACUUGGCAAUCCCAGAUACCCAUUGCUCUCCUGAUGGAGAAGGUUACCAGUGUCCUUAUGGGUUCAAAUGCAUGGACCUCGAAGAGCUGGGCCUCAGCCGACAGGAGCUUGGUUAUAGUGGCUUCAAUGAGCUAGGUACAAGUAUAUUCACUGUAUAUGAGGCUGCAUCACAGGAAGGCUGGGUGUUCCUUAUGUAUAGAGCCAUCGACAGUUUCCCUCGCUGGCGCUCCUACUUCUACUUUAUAACUCUCAUUUUCUUCCUGGCAUGGCUUGUAAAGAAUGUGUUCAUAGCUGUCAUCAUUGAGACGUUUGCUGAAAUCAGAGUCCAGUUUCAGCAGAUGUGGGGGUCCAGGAGCAGUACAACCUCUACUGCUACAACACAGAUGUUCCAUGAAGACGCUGCUGGGGGAUGGCAGCUCGUAGCUGUGGAUGUCAACAAACCACAUGGCCGAGCGCCUGCUUGCCUCCAGCAACUGAUGCGGUCCUCUGUGUUCCACAUGUUUAUCUUGAGUAUGGUGGCUGUGGACGUCAUCGUUGCUGCUAGCAACUAUUAUAAAGGCGAAAACCACCGCAGGCAUUAUGAUGAGUUUUACCUGGCAGAGGUUGCGUUUACUGUAUUAUUUGACCUGGAAGCUCUUUUAAAGAUCUGGUGUCUGGGCUUCACCGGCUACAUCAGCUCUUCUCUGCACAAGUUUGAAUCUCUGCUUGUGGUGGGGACCACACUACACAUCUACCCAGACCUCUACCACUCCCAGUUCACCUACUUUCAGGUGCUUCGUGUUGUACGUUUGAUUAAGAUUUCCCCAGCUCUGGAGGACUUUGUCUACAAGAUCUUUGGUCCGGGUAAAAAACUUGGCAGCCUGGUGGUGUUCACAGCCAGCCUCCUCAUCGUCAUGUCAGCCAUAAGCCUGCAGAUGUUCUGCUUUGUGGAGGAGCUGGACCGUUUCACCACAUUCCCCAGGGCAUUCAUGUCCAUGUUUCAGAUCUUAACCCAGGAGGGCUGGAUAGAUGUCAUGGACCAGACUCUGGUAGCUGUAGGUCGUAUGUGGGCUCCAGUAGUGGCCAUUUACUUCAUCCUGUACCAUCUGUUUGCUACCUUGAUUCUUCUGAGUCUUUUUGUGGCCGUUAUCUUGGACAAUCUGGAGUUGGAUGAAGACCUAAAAAAGCUCAAACAGCUCAAGCAAAGCGAAGCCAAUGCCGACACCAAAGAGAAGCUCCCUUUAAGACUCAGGAUCUUUGAAAAGUUCCCCAAUCGGCCUCAGAUGGUGAAGAUCUCCAAGCUCCCCUCUGAUUUCACUGUGCCCAGAAUCAGGGAGAGUUUUAUGAAGCAGUUCAUUGAUCGGCAGCAGCAGGACACCAGCUGUUUGUUCCGGCGUCUUCCCUCUGCAUCAUCCUCCUCCUGUGACCACUCCAAACGCUCAGCCAUUGAAGACAACAAGUAUAUCGACCAAAAGCUUCGCAGGUCAAUAUUUAGUAUCCGAGCUCGCAACCUCCUGGAAAAAGAGACAACUAUCAAUAAAAUCCUGCGGGCUUGUACCAGACAGCGCAUGCUAAGUGGAUCUUUUGAGGGUCAGCCAGCCAAAGAACGAUCCAUACUCAGUGUCCAGCAUCACAUACGGCAAGAACGCAGAUCAUUGAGACAUGGCUCUACGAGUCAAAGGAUCAGCCGAGGGAAGUCGCUGGAGACUCUCACUCAGGAUCAUUCCAGCACUGUCCGCUACAGAAAUGCCCAGAGGGAGGACAGCGAGAUCAAGAUGAUCCAAGAAAAGAAAGAACAAGCAGAGAUGAAAAGGAAAGUUCAGGAAGAGGAGCUGAGAGAAAACCAUCCUUACUUUGACAAGCCUCUCUUCAUUGUGGGCCGGGAACAUCGCUUCAGAAACUUUUGCAAGAUGAUUGUUCGAGCCCGCUUCAACGCAUCCAAAACUGACCCCAUAACAGGAGCAGUGAAGAACACCAAAUACCAUCAACUAUAUGACCUUCUGGGCUUGGUCACCUAUUUGGACUGGGUGAUGAUUGUAGUAACCAUCUGCUCCUGCAUCUCCAUGAUGUUUGAGUCACCCUUCACCAGGGUCAUGCACGCCCCCACAUUGCAGAUCGGGGAGUACGUGUUUGUCAUCUUUAUGAGCAUCGAGCUCAACCUGAAGAUCAUGGCCGAUGGUCUGUUCUUCACCCCCACUGCUGUCAUCAGGGACUUCGGCGGAGUCAUGGACAUUUUUAUCUAUCUUGUGAGUCUGAUUUUUCUGUGCUGGCUGCCGACUGACGUCCCUCCCGAGUCUGGGGCUCAGCUGCUGAUGAUGCUGCGCUGCUUGCGUCCGCUCAGGAUCUUCAAACUCGUACCACAGAUGAGGAAAGUGGUGCGGGAGGUUCUCAAAGGCUUCAAGGAGAUUUUUCUGGUUUCCAUUCUGCUCCUCACCCUAAUGCUGGUAUUCGCAAGCUUUGGAGUUCAACUGUUUGCCGGAAAGCUUGCAAAGUGCAACGACCCCCAUAUUCUUAAACGGGAUGAUUGUCAUGGCAUCUUCAGAAUAAAUGUCAGUGUUUCCAAGAACCUAAACCUGAAACUGAGGCCUGGGGAGAAGAAACCAGGUUUCUGGGUACCAAGAGUGUGGGCAAACCCUCGUAAUUUUAAUUUUGACAAUGUGGGAAAUGCCAUGUUGGCACUGUUUGAAGUGCUCUCACUGAAAGGCUGGGUGGAGGUUCGAGAUGUUAUUAUUCACCGUGUUGGACCGAUCCAUGGCAUCUACAUCCAUGUCUUCGUGUUUCUGGGAUGCAUGAUUGGACUCACUCUAUUUGUUGGAGUCGUCAUUGCAAACUUCAAUGAGAACAAGGGUACUGCUCUGCUAACAGUGGACCAAAGAAGAUGGGAAGAUCUGAAGAGUCGACUGAAAAUUGCUCAACCUCUCCACCUGCCCCCACGUCCAGAGAAUGGUGGUUUCCGGGCCAAGAUGUAUGACAUUACUCAACAUCCCUUCUUCAAACGGGGUAUCGCUGUGCUGGUGUUGGCACAGUCAGUGCUGCUGUCAGUCAAGUGGGAUGUUGAUGAUCAAGUAACAUUUCCCCUCGCCACCAUGUCAGUAGUCUUCACCUUCAUAUUUGUUCUGGAGGUGACCAUGAAGCUGAUAGCCAUGUCUCCAGCGGGUUAUUGGCAGAGCAGACGGAAUCGCUAUGACCUGCUGGUCACAUCACUGGGUGUCAUCUGGAUAGUCCUGCACUUUUCACUUCUGAAUGCAUAUACCUACAUGAUGGGUACAUGUGUGAUUGUCUUCAGAUUCUUCACAAUAUGUGGGAAGCAUGUGACACUGAAAAUGCUGCUGCUGACUGUGGUGGUCAGCAUGUACAAGAGCUUCUUCAUCAUCGUGGGCAUGUUCCUCCUCCUCCUCUGCUACGCAUUCGCUGGCGUUGUUCUGUUUGGAACUGUCAAGUAUGGCGAGAACAUCAACCGGCAUGCCAACUUCUCCACAGCGGGCAAGGCUAUCACCGUGCUGUUCCGAAUUGUGACCGGGGAAGAUUGGAAUAAAAUCAUGCAUGAUUGCAUGGUACAGGCACCGUUCUGCACCCCAGAUAAGCAUCGCUACUGGGAGACUGACUGUGGCAACUAUGCUGGAGCUCUUAUCUACUUCUGCUCUUUCUAUGUCAUAAUCGCUUACAUCAUGCUCAACCUACUUGUAGCCAUCAUUGUGGAGAACUUCUCCCUGUUCUACUCCACCGAGGAGGACCAGCUGCUGAGCUAUAAUGACCUGAGGCACUUCCAAAUCAUCUGGAACAUGGUGGAUGACAAACGGGAGGGCGUGAUUCCAACAUCCAGGGUGAAGUUCCUGCUCCGUCUGCUCAGAGGCAGACUGGAGGUGGACCUGGACAAAGACAAGCUGCUGUUUAAACACAUGUGCUACGAGAUGGAGCGACUUCACAAUGGAGGAGAUGUGACCUUCCACGAUGUGCUCAGCAUGCUCUCAUAUCGCUCAGUAGACAUAAGAAAGUCUCUCCAGCUGGAGGAGCUGUUGGCCAGGGAACAGCUGGAGUACACCAUUGAAGAAGAGGUUGCCAAGCAGACCAUACGCAUGUGGCUCAAGAAGUGCCUCAAACGCAUCCGGGCGGAGCAGCAGCCGCGUAGCAUCAUCCUCAGCUUGAGAGAGAGCCAGCAGCAGGAGUUGAGCCACUUCCUCCACCCCCCCAGUAUAGAGACCACUGUGCCAAGUGAAGACCACAAUACUAACAACCCAGACAACCCGUCACAGCCUGAGAUGAGUGGUCUCCAGCAGUUACUGAGCCCCACAUUGUCAGACAGAGGAGGCUACAGACAGGACUCUUCAGACCUGGGGAGACCACAGAGGAAGCUGGGACAGUGGCGGCUCCCUGCAGGUCGCACAAGUGUCAAGUCCAUAGUGUGCAAGAUGAACCCUGUCAAGGAUGAGGCUUCUUCGGGGUCAGAGGUGAAGAAGUGGUGGACCCGUCAGCUGACUGUGGAGAGCGACGAGAGUGGCGAUGACCUCAUUGACAUUUAGAGACGAGUUGCAGCACAUCCUGCAGUUUUUUUUUAUUUAAUAGCGGGAAGUCCUGCUGGCUUUCAUUUUCCCUUAUCUCCACCAUCAGUGAAAAUAAGGCCUUCUCUGUCCUUUCUGAUUUCUUUGAGACAUUUGUUGCUGCUGCCCUUGUGACAUGCGGCGAUGAUUUCAAAUCUCUGGGAUAGGUAUUACUUUUGAUUUUGCAGCGUUAUGACUGCUGAGGUUUUCUAUGCAGGUUACAGUGGACACGACAGGAAAGGACCAAGAACCAAGAAGCUGCUGCUUAUGUGUUUUCUACUGUUCUGCUGUUUGUUUUCAUUGUUCUGAAACCUGUAUUGUUGCUGAUGCAGCUACCGUUUGUUGUGAUGUCUUUCAGGUCAAAGCUUCAUCUCUGUUUUUUUAGACCAUGUCUCUGAUGACGUCUCCUCUGUUUUUCAGUAUGAACUGAUUUUCUUAAAUUUUCUUAUUGUGACUUUAUACUUUAAGCAGGACGCUUGUUCUUGUUGGUCAAACAAGCUAAGUAAAAUAACUUUUCGAUCUAUGACUGUGAAUGUAAUUACAAAAGUAAAUACACAGUAUCUUAUGUAUUUGUGUGGAGUUGGAAAUUAUGACAGAUUUUAUAAAUGAUUAUAAUUUAUUUAUGAAGUAUUAAAUUAUUCUAAUAAAGGCCUGAUUCGCUCAGGUAUUU